CGAUCUUACGCUGCACAAUCCCUGCCGCUUUCUAGAGAUAAAAGCAGGCUGAGAUUUAAAAGAGGAGUACGUUGGCAGUAAUUCUAAUCUUAAUCAAAAUACUAAAUACUUGAAAUAUUACCGCUUGUUCUUAUAUUUGUCGUGACUACUGUAUACCCAAGAUCUAAGAUAUAAUACUACAAAGUACGGUGGAGUAUGGCCGACGAUACACCGGGUCUAUCACGCCGGACCGGCUCGUCCCCUCUUAGAGAUCGGCCACAGCCUGUUCGGAGGCAAUCUCGAAACAGCUCCCCACGACAGUUUGCGGAGAUUGUACGGCACAUCCCCCUUCACGAUCGAGACCGUGUUCACUUUGUAGAUGAGCCCGAAGAGUUUGGUCCAUAUGAUACCGCAACUGGCAAUCCCUAUGACAGUAUCCCACCUCCAGGAAUCCAGCCAGUCCAAGGUCACGUCAGCUCGCAAAAUGUGUAUGCCAAUUACUCGGCGCCAUAUUCACGGGUUCGGGGGCCCACCGAAAAUGUGCCGGUUUACGCCACCCCAUGGUCGGGCCGACAGCUUAGUCGUCGCUCUACGGGAGACUCAUACGUAUCCGAUCGAGGUCAGCCGAUUGCUCUAGCAACAUAUGGGCGUGGAAGAGUCAGGUUUGCCGAGCCGGAAACCCGUCGUGCGGCUUUUGCGGCCUCACCGCCACCUCCUCCCCCACCCAUGCAAAGGGCCACUCGAGACGAAUAUCUUCCAGACUCGGAAGACGUGGAGGUGGAGGAGGAUGACGUUAGGCUUUAUUCUACGCCGCCAGCUUCGUAUCGCAGCCGGUCCCGCUCGAGGUCACGGGCCAACCGUCUAUAUGAAAGCUCCUACGUUGAUGAGGUAGAUGAGGACGAGGACGAUGAAGAAUUCGAUGAGCUCUUGGGUGGUAAAGUGUUCCAGUUUGUCCCUUCCCGAGCUUCGAGGGCACUUUCGAAGAGCGGCCAGAGCAUUGACACCGAGCUUUCGUUUGAGAAGUCUGAAGAUGGGACGCUCAGCUCGAAAGACGAGCCAAAUAUCCCUCACCCCCCUGGCAACAUUCUCCACGUUUACCAAUCGCAAUAUACUGGGGAUGCAAUGCCGGAUGGAUCGCAUACCGCAAAGUUGACAGUGAUCCAUGAUCAAAAGAAGCAACGGCAGCCCCUUUUCAGAUGGAUGCAUUUAGAACAACCAGUUAUGAACCUGGAUGAGCUUUCGGCCGAGAUCGCGCGAAUUCCGGCCAUCACUGAUUCGGAACGGAACGGGUUCGCAAAGCUACUCGCAGAGGUAAAAAGAAGCUCUGUUAAGUUCAGGCCAACCUCCAAGGGAAGCAACGUGCGACAUAUAGAUCCGAAGCCGAUCCGCGUGACCAUCGCCCCCGACGGACGAGCCAAAGACCAGACUUCAAGACCGCUGACCUGGCUGUGCGUGCCUUAUUUCUCGCUGGAGAGAUACUCGGGACUUCUUUCAGCUAAGACGGCCUCACACUUUCCAGUUGAGACCUUGCUGCAGUCGGAGUACGCUCGUACCACGCAGGAGCGCGAUAUGCAACAGGCUGUGUGCCAGAAUGGCGAGGUGUCUGAAGGCGAUUGCUUUCAUAUUGCUCAGCUAUGGUGUAUCGUACUGGACAAUUCCUUGCUUAUUACCUGUGGACGAAUGUCAAGCACAUCCUUGAGAGGGGACCUCGUACGUAUAUUUAACGAGCCCUUCAAGCAACCAGCAGGGAAAGCGAAGGCCGUGUAUAUAUCAUACUACGACAAUGUUCUCUGGGCGUUACCAUUGGAGUCUUGCUCAACCUGGUUUGACUUCAUGAUACACUUCCGCGAGUUUUGGCCACAAGCAAUCAAAGUCUAUCAUCAUGGCCAUGUGGUAACGGCGACCGACUGGCCACGUAUCGUAAACACAGUAAAGAAAGUGAACACCAAGGUCGUUCUUGAUCUUCGUCUAUCGUUCCAUCCCCAACCACCAGCAAUUGGCGUAUUGACGCCGCAAGAAGGGGCAGCCAGCGAGGAUGGAGAAGAAGCUUCAGGCGCGGAACAGCCCAGUAGUAGUCAAACUCAAGCAAAAACCCCCAACAAGGCCGACAACAAAUUUCAUGUGUUCUCCUGGCUUGAGAUGGCCGAAUCUGAGGAUGAAAAUGCGGGUUCGAACAGCGAUGGGCUGAUCACUCAUCUACAAGAAGCUGAAGAGUACUUGACGAGCUCGACCACAAUUAGGGACCGAAAAGCAUAUAAUAACUGCAUUUCGUCGUCGCAACGUUCGGUUUACGGAUAUCUAAGGGAAAGGGGAUCGAAACUCGGAGAGACAGACGAAGAAAUCCAGGCGAAGCGAGAUUACGAGAACGGAGUCGACCUCUACAAUGCGGCAGACAUUAUCUUCUGCUUCUUCCUCCCUAAAGGAUUGAACAGGAAUAUGCCGACAGCGGACAAGUUCUGGGGUGCUAUUCGAAGUCUGGUAGAGAUGGAUGGCGACGGCGAAGACCAUCUCGACCGACCGAAGCCUCUGCAGCGACGUGCUGGUGGGCGGAAUAAUGUACAUGGCCUGAGAUCUAGUCUUAGAGGGAUGACAAGGGUAAUACAGUCCUUUCAGGACAUAGUAUCGCAUGCGCCAGCCCCUAUUCGAACCCGAGUUGAGGUACCUGACAGCCUCAUUCGUGCCUGGCUCCACUUAGUCAUGGCUAUCAUUCAAGCCUCACUGGGCGAAUUUUGGACUGAGAACAUGAUGGUCGCGGAGGCUCUGAUACGGAGUGGGAUGAACGAUAUCAUCGACGAGAUUCCCACAGAGGAUCUGGGAUUACUCCCUAGCUCAGUUCUCCAGCCUAUGGAUCUUGUUGCGUUGGUAAGCCUAAAGCUACUUCAAGACUCUACAGGUAAAUAUCCUAGCAUCGAUGAUACGUAUUCAGAUUAUCUCAAAGGACUGGAAAAUGAGAUUACCACAAAUAAUUCCGAUCGUUCUCACCAAUUCCGCAUCACCCUUUUCAAGCAGGAGAUCGCGGCGAUUCGGCGCGUAGUUGCGUCACAGCUCAAGGUCGCAGACGGCAUGGUUGUUCCCCAGAAAGCCAGCUGGGGGGACCAAACUCGCAGAGAAAGGGAAAUGCUGGAGAGGGAGCGCGAGAAGUCAAAGGUCGAGCCUGCGAGGCUCCGAUCGCGAUCCUACGAAAAGCAGGGGAUGGCAUACGUGGACAGGGCGGACGGGCUCGAGGUCCAGAACCAUUACUCCCAUAGGAGCGUUAGCGGCUUGCCUGCGUACCACUUCGCUCCAAUCCGGGCCCCCGAUGCCUUCGCCAAGCUGGCAUCUACCGACCCUGGCGGCUUUCGCGAGCUGCUCGGCCGGGAAUGCAGGUCUUGGCUCGAGCGGAGAGAAAAUGAGCUCUACGAGCUUGACGUAGAAGCGUCAAGGCUGGAGAAUAUGAACGCCAACAAGAUCGAGGUUACCAAGGAUCGGCAAGAAGCUGCCGUUUACGCCUUCACCAUGGUGACCAUCAUAUUUUUGCCACUCAGCACGAUAAGCUCUAUAUUUGGGAUGAAUUCAAGCGACCUACGUGACAUGGAGCAAGGGCAGUGGGCUUAUUGGGCGGCGGCGAUUCCCACUACGAUCGCGGUGAUAAUUAUGGGGUUGUGGUGGAUGGGCGAGCUGCGCAACCUGGUCAACUGGGUGCGCGGACUGCCCUCUAGGGGAAGCAGAGGAGGAAGAGGUUAUGCACGAGUGUCCCAGCCGGCUGCUGCAAACGGCGUCAUAUACUACCCUCAAGCAGCAGACUAUCCGGGGAUGAUGGACCCGCCAGCGAUGAGACCAUACAGCCGAGCUACGUUUGGCCUGCCGGUGCCGCGUCCGUCGUGGCGGCAUUGAUCGAUAUAGCCUACCUACUACCUACCUAGGUACUUGAUAGACUUGUCUAUUACCAUUUUGUCACUCUUUUUCAUCUUCUUUCCCGUUCCGGUUGUGGGUUGUUUUCCCCUCUUGUCACCUGCCUACCUAUCUAGAUCGGAAAAUAAAAUAAAAUAUGUCCAUCCAAACGUACAACGCAGCCACGUCGCGGAUCCCGCCUCACUGUGCCUAGGCAAAGUAUGAAUCGGGCGGGUGGCGUCCUAGAUAAAUAUUCGCAUUGCGUCGCAGAUCCGUACACGACGCACGCAAAGUACGGCACAUAUUUUACCUACAUACACACAUACAUAAGUAAUGCCCACGGCUAAAACAUGUGGUGCAUGCAGGCGACCUUUCCCCUAGGUGCAUGUA